AUGGUUAUUGCAACAAUAUGGAUUUUGAAAUUAUAAACAAUAUCUGUCAAGCUCACAUUUUAGAGGAACACACGAAUCGAAUAUAUUGUGAAAAUUUCUUCAAAAAAAUAUUUAAAAAUGGCAAGUCGUGGCAGUAUAUCUGACGAAAUGGUUUCGGGUGGAGAUAAACUACCUAUAAAGACAGAACUAGAUGAAAUUGAGGAAUUUCAUAUAAAAUCCGAAGUGGGUAGAUCGCAUGUGGUCAAGGGAAUUUCUUCUCUAACUGAGGUUAAUAACUGGAUAACUGCUCUUUACGAGCAAAUUCUGACGAGACUAAGCGAUAUGAGAAGCAAUCAACGUAAUGUUCGACUGCUUGCUUGCAGCAGACAGUGUAACAAUAUUAUAGACUCAAUGUUGAAGAAGAUUGACGACUACGAAGCCAAUUUUGGGUACAGCCAAGAUAACACUCGCCAACAACCAAUGGCAAUAGGAUCAUUAGCAUGGUACGAAAUGUUUGUGGGCUUACUGCUUGAGCACGGAAGAAUUUUAAUUGAAGAAACUAACGCAAAUGUUCUCGACGGCAAUGCAGUCUCACGCCAAUUCAUUCGGAACUUGAAUUUAUUGGAUAAGUUCAGAGCAAAGGGCAGAUCACGUUUUCCCAACGAUGUAUAGAAUUUCGAUUCGAAUAAAUGUGAAAAAGAAUUUUCUUUAAAAAUAGGUACACCACAGGCCAUAAGUUUGGAUACCUCUUUGAAACGUUUGUUUCUUCGUUUUUUGAACAUUUCCACUUGAAAUUUUGUAUUGGAUAUGAAAAUAUAUCGAAAUUCUGACCGAAUGGAUGAUUUGGAAGAUAACAUUUGGCCGGCCUAUGGCCAUCUUUUGGCCUUUGAGCUGUGGGAGCCAAAAUCAAAGUCUUAAACGGGCCAUCGGAUUAAAAAGUUAUAUACGCCAUUGGAAAGGUCUUGAAAAGUAGAUGUGAUUUUUGGUAUUAAACAUCAAAAUCGGCCGGCGUUUGGCCAAGAUAUGGCCGUUUGUAAUUUUUUGGCCGAAAUCUUCAAUCAGCCAUAUCUUGGCCAAAAGCUGGCCGAUUUUGAUGUUUAAUACCAAAAAUGAUACGUACUCUCCGAGACCUUUCCAACGACGUAUAGCAUGUUGAAAUUGGACAAGCGGUUUGAAAUUUCAAAAUUUUGGGCCAAAUUCAUCCAUAGGGAUAUCCAAACUUAUGGCCUGUGGUGUAUAUUUCAUUAUACGCUUUUGAAAAAAACGCACAAAAUUCGAUUUUUAUC